AUGAAUACCAGACAACAGUCUAAAUGGAAAGGACCUACCUCUGUGAAAAUGAAUAAAGCUAAUAAUAGCUAUAUUCACCUACAAGCUGAUGAUUUUGAAGACAAAACUGUUACGCAGGAAGAAAUACUAUCAGAUGUUCGAAACAAACUAGCCAGUGAACAAUCCAAGAAUAAUGAGCUGAGUGAAAUCAUUGUAAAAUUAAAAGAAAAAACAGGGAAACUAUCUAAUGAGCUUUUGAAUAGGGAAAAAAACAUUAACCAUUUAAAAGAUUCGAUAGAAAAGUUAAAAUCUGAGCCAAAGAUAUUAUCGGAGUGUGGAAUGCAAACUGACACUGUGGACCAGACUCAAGCGCAUACGCAAACACCUGAUCCACCACCAUAUAGGAAACCAGCGUGCGGGAACAAACCAACUGACGGAAGCUCAUCAUAUACUAGCAGUCUUAUUCAAUAUUCAAUCGGUUUUACCGAUACCAGUGGUCUGGAGAGUGAAGUCGAGAGUCCUACUGACGAGGUACUGUUGGAGCCUUGUACCGAAGAACCGGCUGCUCUGCCAUCACCGGCAGCAACAAAUAAAAACAACCCAAACGACCGUAGAAAGAUACUUGUUUUUGGUGACGAGUAUGCCAGGAACUUCAGAAAAGUUCUAGAACUAUACAUUGGCAAAUCCAGGUUUACCAUUGAGUCCUAUGUAAAGCCAAAUAUCGAGUUUGUAAUGGCGACCAAGAAUAUAUUCACGAAAAGAAUACCUUAUGGAAAAGACGACUUUGUAAUUUCCAUGAUUAAGACGCAAAGUAUCAAUAGUUCCUAUUGUUUAAACAUGGGUUUAUGCAACCUUCUACCACUUGGCCGCACUACCAACUUAAUAUUUCUGUACGAAUACACGCUGAUAAUAACCUUAUAA